GCGCCCAUGGAUUCUGAAAGUUUAAUCUUUUGAGACAAGCAAACAUGGCAAAUUCCCCAAAACAACUACCCUGAGUCGUAAAGUUAGUGAUCCAUAAUUGAAAUUCAAUUCAGGUCAAAUAUUGAGAUGGCUGAGCCACUUAGUAGCCUGGGAUUAAUGCCAAAUCAGGAAGUAGUUGAGGACGUUGUGGUGAUAGUCAACAACCAAGCUAACCAGGACGGAACAUCAAUUUGCACAGAAACUAAUGCAGGCAUUGCAGGUGACUCGAUUGAUGUGGUGAGUGAUGUGGUGAACAAUGUGGUGGUGAGAACUGAAUGUGUCCCACACGAGGUAGAGAUUACAUCGGAGGACCUCGGACAUCUGUCAAAUCAAGUUCUCACUGAGAGGGCAUUUUCUCAUGGCGACGGAGCACUCAUAACACAGGAGCAACGUGGAGGCUCGGAUCUUGUUGAAGCAGGCGAGAAACAGGUAGGAGAAGAUGAGCAGUGCUGCCAAGUUGCUCAAACUGCUACGUCUACUACAGCACCCUUCAUGGAUACAUCCUUGAUGAGCACGUCUGAGGAUAGGAUGGACCCUGAGCUCAUUGAAAUAGCCGCGGCCAUUAAAAUGUUGACCAGUAUGGCUGCAUCGUCAAAGAUGACUUUUGCUGAAUCGGAUCCUCAAAUGCAGGCAUCACUUCCGACAAGGACCAAGAAUAAGUCGGAAAAGAAGUUAAACCGGGAUAAAACCGAUCGUUCUUGUGGGUCUCCUCAGCAUUCAAACCAGCUCAGAAAAAGUAACCGGAAUAAGCCAAAUCGUACCAGUCCAAUGUUUACGCAUCAUAGAACCAGCAGACCGUACAAAUGCAGUCAGUGUGAUCACUCCUACAAGAAGUCUAGUUACCUGACUCGACACAUGAAGUCGCAUGAACAGCUUUCGUUGACCUGCCGGUACUGCGACAAGAAAUUCUACGCAAAUAAUAUGCGAGUUCGCCACGAGAAACACCACCAAGUGCCAUUCAGAUGCAUGGUUUGCGGGAAGGGUUACGGGGACCAGGCCGGGCUGGUGGUUCAUAUUCGCAAACACACAAACGAGAAGCCAUUUUCUUGCAAGGAAUGUAACUGCUCCUUCACCUCAAACAGUGCAGUACUAAGACACGAAAGGACCCAUCUGGGACUUAAACCGUACGUGUGCAAUGUAUGCGGUAAGGCGUACACCCAGAUAAACACACUCAACGAUCACAAGAAGACACACUUUGACAAGUGGACCUUCGCCUGUACAACGUGCGGUAAAGUUUUCAACGCUCGCAGCAGCCUUAGACGUCAUCGGGUGAAGCACCACCCCGAAGUAGAGACUCCAAGUGGCCGGAAAUACCUCGUCAAGGUCACGACACCGGAAGUCGUUCUGGAUCAAUCCGUAAUCGCGCAAUACCAAUGUAGAUUCUGCGAGAAGACGUACGAGAAAAAGGACUCUCACCGGAAACAUGAAAAGCUCCACACGGAACCGGAAAGGUUCACUUGCUCCUUUUGUAGGAAAGUCUUCACCGGCAGACAGGACCAAGUUGUUCAUGAGAGGACGCACACCGGAGAGCGACCGUUUCGCUGCGAGUUGUGCAUCAAAGCGUUCUCCUGCAUGUCCGCACUGAAGAGACACGUCAAAUCUCACUCACUGACGAAGGCAUUCGAGUGUGGGCACUGCCAUAAGACGUUUACGCGGGGGACGGGACUGCGAGACCAUGAACUGAUCCACGCGGGACACAGCAAACGUUUCCCUUGUCAGUACUGCGAUAAGAUAUUCGCCUCUCGUUGUGCGAUGAGAAGUCACAUGACCAAGAAACACUGUAGCACCGGGGAAGACUCUAUCACCGUGGUUACACAGUAUGUGACUAUUUCAUCACAAACUUCAAGCCAAGAUGUGAUCAUGUCGUAGCAGUUUAUUAAAUCUUGUGAAAAGCUAAGGUACUGUACACUGUAAAGUUUUCUGUUUUUUUUUUUUCAAUAAGCCAUGCAAGUUAGAAAUGUCUGAUACAAUGGCUUGCUUAGUCACAAAUAAGUUCAGGCCAGAUACUUUACGAUACCAAGGGGAUUGCCUCCAUGCCACUGGCCAUUGCCUUGGUGCCCUUGAAAUGUUCCAGUAGAAAUGUACAAUAUCCUCAGUCAUAGGGUGCCCUUUACCAAGGAGAAAAUGCCUUGGUGCCCUCGCCAUUUCAAGCAUACAUUGUACAGGCCUGAAUAACCCCUUGAAUUUGAACUGUUCAGACUCUACUAUGAGACAAUUAAUACUAUCAAAUGGUUCACCGGGCAAGCUUUUGUAAAUUAGCAACCUGCAUUGAGUAAACCCUGGUACCAUUGUCAGGCCUGAUACUUCAAGCAGGCAACGGAGGCGAUUGCCUCCG